AUGGCAAGUGCCUUAGCAGCAAAAAUGGGAUUUAACUCACUGUUGCGACGACAAGCCAGGACCUUUAACGUCAGGAUCUGCACGAUGGAGUCAGACAUGGAGUUCAGCUGCGAGGUCAAGUGGAAAGGAAAAGACCUUUUUGACCAAGUGUGCCGGACUCUGGGACUCAGGGAGACUUGGUUUUUCGGGCUCCAGUACAGCAUCAAAGAUACGGUUGCUUGGCUCAAGAUGGAAAAAAAGGUUCUGGAUCAGGAGGUACCGAAGGAGGAACCAAUCACACUUUACUUCCUAGCCAAGUUUUACCCUGAAAAUGCUGAAGAGGAGCUAGUGCAAGACAUCACACAGCAUCUCUUCUUCUUACAGGUGAAGAGGAAGAUCCUGGAGGAGGAGAUUCACUGUCCACCCGAGGCCUCUGUGCUGCUGGCCUCCUACGCCGUCCAUGCUAAGUAUGGAGACUACGACCCAAACGUACACAAACCUGGCUUCUUGGCCGAGGAGGAACUGCUGCCUAAGAGGGUGAUUAACUUGUAUCAGAUGACUGCAGAAAUGUGGGAGGAGAGGAUCACUGCGUGCUAUGCUGAGCACCGGGGCCGGACGAGGGAUGAAGCUGAGAUGGAGUAUCUAAAAAUAGCUCAGGACCUGGACAUGUACGGCGUCAAUUACUUUUUAAUCAGGAAUAAAAAGGGAACAGAUCUUCUUCUGGGAGUAGACGCCCUGGGUCUGCACAUCUACGAGCCGGACAACAGACUGACGCCAAAGUGCUCCUUUCCUUGGAACGAGAUCCGUAACAUCUCCUACAGCGACAAAGAGUUCACCAUCAAGCCUCUGGACAAGAAAACCAACGUUUUCAAGUUCAACUCUUCACGGCUCAGAGUCAACAAGCUGAUCCUCCAGUUGUGUAUAGGGAACCAUGACCUGUUCAUGCGCAGGCGGCGCAUCGACUCAAUCGAAGUGCAGCAGAUGAAGGCUCAGGCCAGAGAGGAGAGGGCCAGGAAACAGAUGGAGAGGCAGCGUCUGCAUAGAGAGAAGCAACUGCGGGAGGACGCCGAGAGAGCCAGGGACGAGCUGGAGAGGAGGCUGAUUCAGCUGCAGGAUGAGGCUCACAUGGCCAACGAGGCGCUGCUGCGAUCAGAGCAGACGGCGGACCUGCUGGCUGAAAAGGCCCAGAUCGCGGAGGAGGAGGCCAAGCUGCUGGCCCAGAAAGCUGCCGAGGCUGAGACGGAGAUGCAGCGCAUCAAAGUGACUGCCAUCCGCGGCCAGGAGGAGAGGAGGCUCAUGGAGCAGAAGAUGCUGGAGACAGAGAUGCUGGCCCUCAAGAUGGCUGAGGAAUCGGAAAGAAGAGCCAAAGAGGCUGAGCAGCUGAAACAGGACCUGCAGGAAGCCAGGCAGUCAGAGCGCAGGGCAAAGCACAAGCUGCUGGAGAUUACCACCAGGGCUGUCUAUACGUCUCCCGGACUGCCGCCUAACAGCAUGCCUCCAGACCUGAGCUUCAGCAGGGAAAACCUCAGCUUUGACUUUAAAGAUACCGACAUGAAACGCCUCUCCAUGGAGAUUGAGAAAGAGAAGGUGGAGUACAUGGAGAAAAGCAAGCACCUGCAGGAGCAGCUGAACGAGCUGAAGACAGAGAUUGAGAGUCUGAAGAUGAAAGAGAGAGAGACUCCUCUGGACAUCAUUCACAACCAGAACACCGAGCAGGGGACCAGCAAGCAGAGCAACUUUAAAAAGCUAACACUACAGAGCACCAAGUCCAGGGUGGCCUUCUUUGAAGAACUUUGAACUGCACGACUGCCUACAAAACGUCAUGACACUACAUUCCUGGCCAGUUUGAGACACUACAAAGCUUCAUUCUGUACUUCUUGGGGAAGCGCAAUGAAAUGCUAUGGAUUGAAAAAAAAAAAAAGACCACUGCCUCGAUGUGCACCAACACUAUGGGCCUCGUGUGAACGCACAAACAAACAUAAUGCUCAUAAAGCAUAAUGUUCCUGCACUGAAUCUUGGGAUUCAUAAAAAAUGGAGUGUGUGUUUACAGUGAGAGUGUGCAGAACAUUCUCCUUGAAUAAUUUAAAGUGAAAGUAUGUUUGUUAUUUUACAACAAAAUCAUAGAACAAAGAACGUUUUUGUGACUUCUUCUGUACCACUCUAGCUCCAAUGAUACAGUGUGUGUAAAAUUUGGAAUGGUUUCAUUAUCGUUUCCAAAUGGGGCAAUUUUAAUCAUUUGUUUGCUUCAGUGUCUUGCAAUUCAAAUGGAAAUAGACCACUAAGGGACCAUGCACAGGAGACGUAUUAGUACAACGUUUUGGAACAAUAAUGUUGUUGUGGGCGGCAAUAUAUUAUUUUGUUAUUGGCUGCCUUCUGCUGUUACACUGAUGAUGUGAUGAAACUACCAAUUGUACCAACAAAUACCAAUAUAUACUUUUUUUUUUUUUUUUUACUCAAUGACAUCAUGCUGCCCUUAUUUUCUAUUUUAAAUGACACAUUCCUGCAAAUUCAAAAUCAUCAAGCAGCAAAAACAGGAGAUGAAUUUGUCUUGCACAGCCAUUUAUUGUUGACAGAAGGAGUUGAUGGGCUGUAGUGGAUAUUACGCUUAACACAGCGCAAAAACUCACCUGUGUGACAUAAAACUAUGUGUAGUCAUUGUAUAAUGUGUUUUUUUUUUUGUUUAGUGUGUAAUCUCAGAACAUUGGUUAAUGUUGUGCCUUUUAUGCAACUGAAGAAUGUAGAUGAAUGUACACAAGGCCUCAGGACCUGCGUUUACAUCUUUCUACUCAGAUACAUCAUGUGACACCAGCUCUGCACAUGGUUGUGAGUGCCCUUUGGGAAGCCACCGGGUGCACUGCCCUCUGUUCCUACAAGUGAAGAGACGCUCAUUUGUUCCAGAUGGUUCUUAGAAUUUAAACUGGAUGAAGGUGCUGUGAUUUUUAAAUGUGAGCUCGCGUCACGUCAUAUCUUAACUUUUUCUCAUGAAGACAACCAUUUUUUAAACAUGAACUUGCUAUCUAUUCUAAAUGAUGUGUCUUUUUGAAUUAAUGUGCUCUUUCUUACGAAGAGCAAUUUUUUUUGGGGGGGGGGAUUAGAAUGUGAAGAAAAUAACCAUUUUUUUUAUUUUUUCUGUCUGCAUUUAAUCUGGAUUGAGAGCAGUAUUUAAAGUGAAACUUUGGGUGAAGUUACAGUGCAUUUAUAUUUCAAGACAAUACCUUUUUACAGAAACGUUGUGACAGAUUUGUAUGUUUUUUUCAUGUCAAAUUAAAAUGAACAUCAGCGCUGAA